CCAUGACUUCAGAUGAUUUAAGAUCUUAGUCUUUGCCACAUGUGUUCACCAUGGACACCUCCCAGCUGCGUUUGGUCUGUGGCCAGAGACGAAGUGCCUUGAUCCGGGCACAGAACUUGCACGCGCAACUGGAAGACAAGGCGCGCCAGAUCCAGGAGGCUUCUGCUGAAGAAGCACUUGAGGCCGAACAAAGAGUGUUGCUUUUGACUGCUGGCCGCCAGAGGGCACAGGAACGAUCGAAGGCUCUGAAAUUGGGUGUGUUGGAAGCGAGCCACGAGGUUGAAAGCCUGCGCUGGCGCGUGAGUGCACUGCAAAGGCUGCAGGAAGCAGAACCACGUGGCGCACAAAAUGAAGAGUUGCUGCUGCUCCGGCGGAAACGCUUCGCCGUGGAGGAGGAAUACAGGACUCAUGUGAUGUACAAGGCUGAGAAGCGACGGGAGGACACUUCCGAAAGCCUGCUCACGGUUCAGGAAGCCUUGAGGGCCUUCGCAGAGGGCGCUUGCGCCACCUUUGCGGAACAAUACCAGGCACCUUUGAUGAGGCGGCUGGCGUGUUAGAGGCCUCGUUGCAGCGCUUGCAACAGCAAUUGCAAGGCGCUCGCAAGAAGACCAACGCUUGCCGACAGGAGUUUCUGCAGAGCGGCCAUGAUUUGAUGAAGGCCUUUGCCGCCUUAGUGGAUCGUGAUGAGAUCGAUGAGUCCUCAAGCAGGCUUCAAGCGCCUUUGAUGGAGCUCCAUCAAGCCGCUGCACGCUGGAGACAUUGGGCACACAGCGGGGAGCUGUGACGCUGCAGCUGCGCAUGCUGCGUCCAUCGUUUCGAGCCCAAAAAGACACCGAAUUGCUGGGCCUGCCGCUGCAUUCGAGACACUUAUCUCGGUUUUAAGUGGAGCUUGCUUUGGGCUUCAAGUUCCAACGGAGCUCCCUUUCUUGGCCGCGAUCAUCCACCGAGCUCGCUACGUGCGCGACAGACCCUGAGGGUUUGCAUUUGGCACGGCCGAAGUAGAAUUCGCAAGACUCUGUGGCGGAGCUGGGCACCGGGACCCGUUGACCUAGUGCUGGCGGGUGGAGUGGGACGGACGCUUA